GGGGGGGCCACUGAGCACCGAGGGGAGAGGCUCAGACUCACAAUGAGACAAUAACGGAGCUGGGACGGGGGAGAAGAACCUGCCGGAGCCCACGAUGGAGAUGCCGGAGCCCAGUAACCAGGGGACAGAUUAGUGGGAAGGAGCCCCCAAUCCUUCAUGUAAAUCACUGGGGGUUGUUGGAUUGACACCUGCUCUGGGGGCCACACUCGUUGCUGGGGGGAAUGGCAGCUUUGGCGAGUACUCUCAUUCGACAGAAACGUGAGGUUCGGGAAUCGGUGGGACCUCGUCCUGUUCCCCCACAAAGGAAAGUCUAUCCCCGAGGAACCAAGUCCCUGUGCCAGAAACAACUUCUCAUCCUGGUCUCCAAAGUGCGGCUCUGUGGGGCCCAACUGGGGGCACAAGAAAAGGACUCAGAGCCUCAACUGAAAGGCAUUAUCACUCGCUUGUUCAGUAGAGUUGGAUUUUACCUUCAACUUCUCCCAGAUGGAACCAUCCAGGGGUCAAAAGAAGAGGGAAACCCAUACACUCUGUUCAAUGUCAUCCCAGUGGGUCUACGUGUGGUGGCCAUUCAGAGCUCAGCUUGUGGUCAGUAUGUGGCGAUGAAUUGCGAAGGUCACCUGUACAGCUCACCUCACUUUACAGCUGAGUGUCAGUUUAAAGAGAGCGUCUUUGAGAAUUACUUUGUCACCUACUCCUCCACCCUCUACCGUCAGCUCAGCUCUGGCCGCUGCUGGUACCUGGGCAUUUGUAAAGAUGGUCGAGCCAUGGAGGGCAAUAGGGUGAAGAGGCACCGGCCUGCGGCUCACUUCUUGCCCAAGCUCAGCGAAGUUGCACUUUAUAAAGAACCCUCUUUACAUGAUGUGGUUAAAGCAUCUCCAAAAAAAAGACUGACCCCAAAACCCAGCGCCAGGCUCAGGGGGGCACGGUGAAGAGGCUGAGAAAGGAGGUGAAGGCCAGAAGAUCCACAAAUAACAAGCAACAUCAGAAUGGGGAGAUGCAAGAGAACAGAGGGAGGGCAGGGUCUGCUUAUGUUCUAGAGAUCUAUGGCGGAUUAAAUGUGCCGUAUUGGGGCAGCACUUUAGGUAUGAAGAGGUGGUGAAUAACAUGAAGACCUUAAUGAAGUGAUGGGAAGGCCAUGAUGGAGGAUUACUGGGGCAAAUGCCAUUUAGGAGACAUUGGAUUUGUGCUCUUCCUUCCACACCUCCUCUGAAAAGUUUAAGGUCAGGACUGGAGCUGCUUCUGGCACUGACAUGGACCAACUCUUGGACUGAUACAAAUUACAGACUUGUAUUGUGGGGCAUCUCAUGCAACGUGGAACUAUACCUCUAGGACUGAUACACAGACGCAUCAUGGGACAAUACCACUAGGACAGAUACACCAUAUGUAGACUUGUAUUGUGGGACAUCUCAUGGAACUAUACCUCUAGGACUGAUACACCGUACACAAAUGCAUCAUGGGACAUUAACUCUAGGACUGAUACACCUUAUGUAGACAUCUCAUGGAACGUGGAACUUUACCUCUAGGACUGAUAGACCUUACACAGAUGCAUCAUGGGACAUCGCAUGGAACUUGGGAGUUUACCUCUAGCACUGAUACACCUUAUGUAGACUCGUGUUGUGGGACAUCUCAUGGAACGUGGAACUAUACCUCUAGGACUAAUAGACUUUACACAGACGCAUCAUGGGACAUCUCAUGGAACGUGGAACUAUACCUCUAGGACUAAUAGACUUUACACAGACGCAUCAUGGGACAUCUCAUGGAACUUGGCAAUUUACCUCUAGGACUGAUAUACCAUAUGUAGACUUGUAUUGUGGGACAUCUCAUGGAACUGGAACUAUACCUCUAGGACUGAUACACCUCACACAUACGCAUCAUGGAACUUGGCAGUUUACCUCUAGGACUGAUAUACCAUAUGAAGACUUGUAUUGUGGGACAUCUCAUGGAACGUGGAGCUAUACUUCUAGGACUGAUAGACCUUACACAGACGCAUCAUUAGACAUCUCAUGGAACUUGGGAGUUUACCUCUAGGACUGAUAUACCUUAUGUAGACUAGAACUGUGGGACAUCUCAUGGAACAUGGAACUACAGUAUACCUCUAGGACUGAUACACCUUAUGCAGACUUGUAUUGUGGGACAUCUCAUGGAACUUGGAACUGUAUCUCUUGGUCUGUUAAACCUGAUUGAAGCCAAGAGGGAAAUCUUAUGGAACGUGUGGGUUUACCUCUAGGACUGAUACACCUCCCACUGACUUGCAUGAUGGGAAACUUAAGGUAUGACUUUGUAACCCUACAAUGAAUUCAGGGGACUUUCAGAUACAUUCAGACCGUGCUUGACAGGACGAUGGACUAAUAACAUUGGACUUGUACCUCAAUGAAGCAGGAGCCUCUACAUGUCAGGUUAGGGGACCCCAUGCAAUAUCUAUACCCAUAUACCCUUAUGUUACUAAGCAUCUAAUGAUAUCUAAUGAGACACGCCCCAGGGCAUCUGUAUGUACUCCUAGAUAUAGAUAAAGCAAUAAUGGUUUCUAUAUGUUGGGGGGCAAAAUGGGUGUGGACAUUCAAUAUGCAUAUAUAUUUAUAUAGUGAAGGUCAUAUAUAUACCCCCAGCAGUCUCUAAUCCUUGAGGCAGUAACCAGCUUGUUCUGCACAGCCCUAUGGGAAGCAAUGGUGAGAAGUGGUAACUCAUAAUCUACAUUUCUCUCAUGAUUCUCUGCAAUAACCGAGCGUCAGGAACACUAGAAGCCUCACUCUCAGACUCUACUUGUGGCCCUACAUGAGCCCGGAAAUGAUCGGAGCCACAUUUAUCGACACCGGGAAUAAACAGACCCCCAGUGGCGCCUCAAUAAAGAUACAAUUUCAUUACA